AUGCGUAUUACACUGGACCAUCCACACCGUGACCGCCAGGCCCUCAGCCUGCUGCACCACACCACUGCCAUCCAACAUGAAGCCAUGUUUUCACCCGAUAGCAACAAAAGAAUUGAUGAGAAAAGCCUUUUCUCGUACACCAAGCCCGAAUUGAGCAUCAACUUGAAAAUGAUCAAGUACUGGUUCGUCUUGGACCAAACUCAUUAUGAGGCGCCCGUUUAUGUGGAUGAGACGUACAGGGAAGCUUGCGGCACUCUUCUUUUGGGACACAUCAUUCCUGGUAUCAAGAGUCUGGAUCAAGUCAUCAACAGAGACGAGCUGCCUGGCUUUCCUCGAACCUUUCGGGUCCAACGAUCGACACAGAGCAACGUCUCUUGGUCUCGCAGCACACAGUUAGAUGGCAGUGCCGGCGCGAGCGCAGGUGCUCCAGCUCUUGCCGGGGUAGGGAUAAGUAUCCAAGCCGGGGUGAAAGUAGGGUCGACUACGGGAGGCAGUGACUCAUGGGAGUUCGAUCAGUUGGAGACACAGGCCAUUGCGCCUACGACAAACUAUAUUCAGGAUUGCAUCAGGGCUCCUCAAGUUGCUGCAUAUGUCAAGCAGCGCAAGAUACUGGGCAGCUGGAAGCUUUACAUGAUUACCGGAAUCAAAAUUGGAAAAGGCGCAAAACUUGAACACAGAGACUGCCAGGGAAAAUCCGGGGGUUCAAACCCGGGCAUCGACAUCGCUGAUGCCUUCAAUGUGGGAAUCGAGGGCCAGUAUUCUCGGCUAACCGAGACAUCAGUGACAGCUCAAUAUGACGAUGCCUUCAUUUGGGCUGUCAGGCUACUUGAGAUCUCAGGUAGUUGGUUUCAUUCAAGUAUUGGGCUUAAAGCUGUCACUACGGGAACCACACUUGGUCUAGACAAAACCCAGGCUACUGCCGAAGCAACUGCCCUUGCCGCCGGGCUGGAUAAUUAUUGUGUAAUAAGCUCUGAUCAUCCAGGGGAUGAUGAGGAAAUCUUGCUUCUCGCUGUCGACUGA